GCCCAGACAGGCAUCGACCAAGUUCCUCAGAAUCUCUUCCGCUCCCCCCUUCUAAACUUUGCGCUUCUCUUGGAGGACCUUAGGUCUCUUACAUCCUUAUCAAGUCUUCAUACAUAGAUAGAUCCCCUUUUCCUUUGUUGCCCUGCACCAUGACACAGAUCAAGACCCCUCGUACUUCUACCACUACCCUGAAACGAUUUCCUUAUGUUCACCAUGACCCGUCCACACUCCCUCGGUCCUUGGACCCCUUCACCAUCACCACCUCCACGGGGUUCAUGCCCUUCAUCAUGUCCCCUACCCACCUCCCCGAGCCCUUCGAGCCCCUAGUGGCCCUGCUCGACCGUAUGCCCGUGACAAAGCUCGACGGCACUCCCGGUCUGCUGGCGACGUAUGAGCUGGGCCCUGCUGUCGCCGAGCUCCCCGACCUCACGGCGGAAGUCGACAAGCUGGUCACCGCCGAUGGCUCCCCAGACCUCUACGCCGUCACCGCCGUGUUCAGGGACUACUCGUUCCUGGCGUCGGCCUACCUGCUUGAACCGUGCUGGGAGAACUGGUGCAAGAACCCGGACAACGGCUACGGUCUCGGAAGAGACUUCUUGCCCCGUGCCGUGGCCUGCCCUAUGUAUCGGUGUGCUCAGCUCCUGGACAUCCCCCCCUUCAUGUCCUAUGCCGCUGCAUACUCCCUGUUCAACUACACCGUGGCCGAGCCAUCCAAGGGCCUGAGCUACCCUAACCUCCGACUGGUCCGGGCCUUCGAGCAUGGUCUUGACCCCAAGAGCUCCGAGGCAGGGUUUAUCCUGACCCACGUCGACAUGGUCAAGGAGUCGAAAGGCCUGAUCAGCGGGGCGCUCAAGGUCGUCGAUACGCUUGAGCAAGCCGGCACUCGCUCCGAGGUCAACGACGGGUUCCGAGAGAUCCUGGCCUCUAUGGAGAAGAUCGAAGCAAGUAUGGAAGACAUGUGGGCCAACUCCAAGCCCCAAGACUACCUUUCCUUCCGCGUCUUCAUCUUCGGAAUCACCUCGCAAUCCAUGUUCCCCAACGGCGUCAUCUACGACGGAGUGCUGGAUAACCAACCCCUCUUUUUCCGAGGUGAGAGCGGUGCCAACGACAGCAUGAUCCCCCUCCUCGACCACCUCCUCGAAAUCCCCAUGCCCUCGACGCCCCUCACCAAAAUCCUGCACGAGUUCCGCGCCUACCGGCCCCUCCCCCACCGGACCUUCCUGGCCUACAUGAACGCCAAAGCAGCCGAGGUCGGGGUGCGCUCGUACGCGGUGCACGACACCGAGACGACGAUCCUGUUCCUGAAGACGCUGAACCAUGUCCGCAGCUUCCGCUGGCGCCAUUGGCUCUUUGCCCGCGAGUAUAUUAUUCGGCGCACGCCGCAUCCGACGGCCACGGGUGGGAGUCCGAUUGUUACGUGGCUGCCGAAUCAAUUGUCCGCUGUCAUGGAUAUGAUGAUAUCCAUGUAUGACACUUACCUGGCGCCGCAGAAGGAUGCGCCGACGGGGGCGAAUGGGUCAAGAGGGUACGAUGCGGCGUAUCAGAAACAGGUAGAACCGAUGAUGGAGAUGGUCAAGGACCAGCGGGAGAAGCUGGCGAAGGAGGUGGAGAAGUGGUGCAAGGAGAGGGGGGUCUGAAUGUUGAAGACACGAAUCGAAAGGUUCAAUGAUAGCAACUAAUGACUAGGUAAAUAUGCCUCCUUCCGUGAUCUUGAUCCGAAACCAGAAAAGAUAGACCGAAAUUCAAAUAUAUGCUGGAUAUCAC